CGUCAACCCCCAAACCCAACUCUCGCGAGAACAACUAAACUAUUUAAACGGGCCCUCGGCAACGGUUCGGCCUUGUUGGACUUCGGUAGCAGAAUGGAACUGUGUCGUGAGUGAUAAAGUAUCCAUUGGCAUCCGCUUGAAUCAAUCCUCAGAAGCUGAACAUGGCUGAUAUUUCUGAGACCGAAGACUCUGCUGCACAUCACCAGGAUUCAAAAAAGACCAAUGUUGGCUCAUGUUUGCUGAAGCAGGCAAAAAAGAAAGGAAAAACACGGAGUUCAGCAAAGUGUGGACCGUCUUCUGCAAGUGCACCUGCCAUUAUUAAAUCAAAUGGCUCUGUGAAGCCCGGGGGCCAGGUCAAAUUACCUAUGCCUAAAAUUGACCUCAAAGCAUUUUUUGACUACUACUUCGUACGGAAACAGCAUAAAAAGCUCAAAAGAAGAAUAAGGAAAAGGCCACCUCGGAAAAAAACCCCUGAGGGACAGAAGCCGAAGAUCCCAGUGCGUCAGGGACAGAGGCGGUUGAGAAUCUCGGUACUUGAGCGAAAGAAGAGAGCGAAAGAGAGGGGCCUCCAGUUUCCUUUUGUGGAGAAACUUUGUGGAAGGAAGCACAUUCCACUUAAACUUGUGUGUCGGUAUGAGCAAGAAGCUAUACAAGGAUACUUCAGAUACAUUGAAACGCUGAAAUAUGAGCAACACCUUAAAAAGUCUUUGGCAAAACUGAAUGCUGGAGAUGAUUUGGAAAAUGAGAGCCUGGAGUCACGGAAGUACAAAUACCUGGAUGAUGAUGGUCCCCUUUCUCCCAUUGAAGAGCCAAUUGAAGAAGACCAAAAUAUAAAUUCUGGUAAUGAUGAUAUUGGUGCCAGGAUAGUGGAGAAAAGUUCCUUUAUACUAAGUAGUACAAUUCCAGAGGAAAAGAAGAAAUACAAGAAGAAAUUCAGGUGAGUUCUUUUAUAAAGAAUGAUCCUAAGAUGCUAGGUACAUGGUAAACCUCGAAA